AUGCAUCGAGGUCCACAGGGUGUGCUUCAAGAUGAAAGCCUUUGGGAGUGGGUCUAUGAAGAGGACUAUGAUCCUUACCAAUUGCGGGGCACUCUGGUGAACACUUCAGUGCCAUUGCAAGAGGCGUGGUUGGAUGCGAUUGCCAGCUUUCCAGCUUUGAAAAAAAAACUUGAGCUGAAGGCUUUGAAGGAAGAGCUUACUGACUUAGAUGUGGAAGUCUCCGAUGCUAUCAUGCGGCAAUCUGGACUUGAUAAAGACCAACUUGGCCAACUUGGAGAGACCCCUACUGUCGGUAGGAACCCUGAGACGCCUGAGCCACCAGUGGCUGCCCCUGAAACAGCUGAGCAGGACACUGUGCCAGGGUCUCCAUCAAUCCUGGCUCCCAUUGUUGAUGUUCCUUCUACCUGGGCGGUCGACACAUUCAUUGAUUUGGAUUCUGAUGUUGAGGUGCAGAGCAAUGGAACCCUAUGGUACGAUGAAGUCACCACACCAAAGACUGGGCUGACGUUUAGCUCACCUGUUCCAUCACCUUCAGUCAUGGCCACACCGCAUGCAGAGCCACCAACGACUUCUUGCCAGAAGCCAGGCGAAGCUGAUCUGAGGCCCCAGGCAACCAGACCCGUGCCAACACCUGCCCGUGCGGCAUGUCAAGUUGACGCGGACAAUGUACCGGUUCAUGGGGAUGAGACUGCUGAAAAACCCAAAGCUGGCCAACUUCGUUUGUCAGAGAAUGCAGUCAAUUUGCAGCGUGUGGAAGCUGUGAAGAAAGCUGCUGAAGCUGACCCUCCCAGGCUCAUGAGGUCCAUCAGCACUUCUGGGUUGAAACGCAAAGCCCAGUGGUCCGAACAAGGGGUUGACUUUGGUUCCUUUGCCCAACCCGCCCUGGGCCAAGUCGGUGGCCUGCCUUGUCCAUCAAAGAUGAAGAGCAUCAGCAUGGAUCCUGCAUGUCACGGAGAACAGGGAAACCAAAAGAUUUCCAAGGCGGAGAAAGCACCCCAGAAAGAUCCAGGUGAUGAUGAAUCGCAGGAAUCUGAGUCUGAUCAGCUUGACCCAGCUAAGCUUCGAAAAGAGGAAGCUGAGAAAGUCGCACGCAAACGAGCUGGCAUCCCAGAUUUGGAUUUGGAUGCUCUCCCCAGCACCGGUUGCACCAAGAUGAUGACAUGCUUGUCCAAGCGGCAACAAAAACUUCAAGAUGGCAUGGACAAGUUUACCGCAGCAGCGAUGAAAGACAAGCUGAAUGCCGUGAUUCAGGGCCUGCAGCGGAAGUACAGUGAGAUUGAUGAGAAGUACGCGGAGGGUGUGGUGACAGUUGUGCCCAAAGCAGGCGCCGCCGCCAAACCGAAAGUGCCCAGACAGAGUGGACGAGCUAAGGUCCCAGCAGUGGUCACCGAGCGGCUCCGUCAAGGUGCCAUGUGCGACCAAGGCCAUCAAGGUCCACCCAAAACAACUUCUAAUGUAGCCCGAAAUGCUUAUCGUGCGAUUCGCCGCACUGGCUUGUCAUGGAAGAUACCCAUAGAGGAGUAUGACUACAAGAAGCUUGAUGGGUCAUACCUGACUACCCACUACCUACGACCAAUGAAAAUUGUGGAAUACUUGCUUGACAAAAAGCCGUUGCUGGUGUGUGGGGAGUCUGACACUGAAAAGGUGAAGGGCAUUUUUGGUGCCUUUUGGGAUGCCUACCGGAGUUACCAUGGUACCCACGAAGUGUACCAACGCCAUUCUGGAAACUUGGAUCGAGUGGUCCCAUUGGCAAUCCAUGGUGAUGAGGGGAAAGGCAAACGCAGGUCAUCCACUACAUUGGUCACGCUGGAAGCAGUCAUAGGCUGCAAAGGCGAAACCAGAUUGUGCACUGAGUGUGAGCCGCGUGGCCUUUAUCCUGAACAAUGGGGACCCAGAGGUGACGAUCAACAUUUAGUGGCCAAGGCCAUGCGGACAAAUAUGAAGGGUCACUCAUAUUUGCAACAUUGGCCCUUGUUUGUCGUUCCAGGUAUCCUGAACAAGAACUACAAGCCGCUCACUUACGAGCUACUGGAUGUUGUGGCAGCAGAUUUGGAAAAACUGUUCACCACUGGAGUGCAGGUGAGAGGAGAGACUUGGUAUGGCGCCGUGAUUGGUGCCAAGGGCGAUUUGAAGUGGCAUUCCAAGGUUGCCCGGUUGGUCCGGGGGUUUGAGCACCAGGGGAGACAGAGGGACAUCCCAAUGUGCCAUUGGUGCAUGGCUGGCAGUCCUGGUGUCCCGGCUGAGGAUGUAGCUCGCCAUCAUCCAUGUUGGGAACAAACACUGUGGGCACAGCGACCGUGGUCUUCUUCAAGCCCUCCUGGUCUUUUGGUGGUGCCGUUUGAUCAAAGGUUCCCAGAGAAAUUUUAUCAGCACGAUCCAUUUCAUACACUGCGCAUUGGUCUCUACAGAGAUUUUGUUGGGAGCGUCAUCUUCCUCUACAUGUCCUGGAACUUGUUCGAUGGCGGAUCUGUGCCAACAAAGCUGGAAGCAGCGUGGUCGAGUUUCUGCUUAUGGCAAAGGGGGGUCCAGAAAAGUGCUUCGCUUCGUUCUUUUUCCAAGGCCUUGUUCAACUACAAGACCAAGAAGUCAUACCCUUGGAUCAAUGCCAAAGGCAGUGAUGUCACAUUGUGCUUGAAAUGGAUCUCUGUGAUUACCUAUGGUUUCGUGCAAACAUGCACCGACAACGACCAGCUGCAGAUUCUGAACAUCAUCUUGAGCGCUUCUCAAGCUGCAGUUGGGUUUUUCGAUUGCAUGAACCAGCAUCGGCUUUGGAUGAGCACUGCAUGUGCUAUUUCCCUUUAUGAGCUUG